AUGAAGGCAGAGAAUACGGUACGGCCUUUCGCCGACGAAACAGCGUCCCUACCGAGCCAGACCUCCCCCUGGCGUCACAGCAGCGAGCCGCCACCGCCGCCGUCUGUCGUGCCCGAAAUACAGCCUGCGCAGUCACGGCGAUGCGUUCUUGAUGAUACGUUCUGGAAGGAGACGAUGCCGCAGCUCGUCCGCGACAGCGACGCCGUGCGUAGUGCCAACCUGGCCGUUCACACGCUUAUGCUGGCCAGAGGCCUGGUUCCCACGCGACGGCCAGGGGCGGCGACGGCGGCCGACGACUACGGCCGAGCGCUUGACUGCUAUGGACGGGCUCUCCGGGCCACCCGCCAGGCUACCAGCGCGAGCCACGCCGACCUGCGCGAGGCUGUCCUAUGCUCCCUCUUCUUCGCCAUCUUCGAGACGGUCAACGGCGACCAGGCGGCGGCGGCGGCACAUCUGCAGAGUGGACAGAGGAUACUGGACGCGGUGGCGCCGGCACAGCGUCGCGAUCCCUCGGGUCCCCAAAGCUUGCGAAGCCAGCUGCGACAUGUCGUCCGCUUUCUCGCGCUCCAGGCUCGAGGGGCCUACUCGUGCCUUUCUGCUUCCCUAGGGAUGGUGGUGGACGGCAGUGGUGCCGAGCCAGAUUUGCACUACGUGUGA